AUGUUGGGCGUGAUCACGAAAAGGGAAGGGGGAAGAGCGUCACUAAAUGGCCCAAAUACGCAUGGCAAAUUCCGAAACGGCAAAACGUUGCCGAACGGCCAAAAGCAUGAAACGCCUCUGCUUUGCUUGUCAACCACUGCCACAGAUGCGCUAGCUUCUCCACGGGAAACUAUUGCGGCGCGUAUGCUUCUUAGCGUUGCAAAUAUAUUGGCUCUUACCUCUAAGCACCCUGAUGCGGGCACUUUCGUGCUAGCUUAUUUAGGAAGGAACGGAAAACCUGCACUACACACGAGAAGCACCGGAGUGCGUUACAAAGUGGAUACUGCUCUGAUUCCUAGUGGUGUUCAGAUUCGUCCUGGCUUUUCUUGUGCGCCUCUUGUCUUUGGGGUCGUUGGGAUACCGACGCGCGAAAGAAGCCAAUCUUCAAAAACAGAACCGUCCGACAUACGCCGGCACAGUGCGCAACGGACGAAGGGUCGCCC